GAUAAAAACUAAUUAAAAAGUAAUCAGCUGCCAAGACGCUGACGUACGAAGAUGUUGAAUUCAGUGCUGUGUCCUCUAGCGCAGCCGACGGUCGCGUACAGCGCUCAAGUAUCUAACUUGGAGUUCUGGAUCGGCGCCGUAUUAAUACUCCUUGCUUGCGAAAUAGAUUUAUUGUAUUUCCACAUUCUAAAUCUGAACGUGGAUUUGUUUUGGAAUUAAAAAAAAAUAUUGUCAAAAUAGAACCGACGCUGCUUCAAAUGUUAUUCGUUGGACGUAAACACAAAACAUCUGAUUCUAAAUUCAAACGCGCAGUCAAUUCAGCGUUUUAAUUUGAGCUUUGAUUGCAAAUGGCUCGUAUUUUGUGGGUUAUGUUUGUGUCAGAUUGCACGCUACAAUAGAUUCAUCUGUGCUCCUUUAUAUAUUAUAAAUAAUUUUGGAUGAAACCAUAUUUAAAAACUGACACCAGGAUGCAUCCGAACCGUCCUAUGUUCGGUUCCCACUCGGACACAUCCGCUAUAAACAUGAAAAAUUUGGUGACAGAUUUAUUCAGUCAGAUGCGGGAUCCUUCACCAGGGACCCAGAGUCCUAAGGGCUCAACUGGGUCCCUCAACGUCACUAGGAACGUAGGAUUCCAGCUGCAGAAUGGAUCUGAACACCUUCCUUGGAGUAACCCCGCUAUAUCUUUACCUGGAAAUUGCAAUUCUAAUUUGACAAACGAAUCUGGACUUGUUAGAAGUUUGAGCAACGCUUCAGCACUAACAUCACUAUGCGCUGAUUUAUCUCCGUCUGAUUCACAUUUUUUUGAGGUUUUAUACAUCGGAAAAGUGAGAAUAUCGCAAAGAAAAGUGCCCGAAUCCUUGAUAGAUGAUGCGUUAAUCAAAUUCGCUCAGCACGAGGCUGAGAAAGCAAGGACUAGCAGACGGCACAGUUUGUUGUCUUCCAGUGGGGUUUCCCAGGAUAGUAAUGAUUCGUCAAGAACAUCACCCGAAAAGGCUUUAGAGGAAUUUAGAAAAACCAACUACAUAAUGCCAAGUAGCACACCAUUAGAGCCAGAUAAGAAUGUUGCUUGGAAAAGUGCUGAGAAUCUUAAAAAACAAGAAAGCAGUGAGGUUGAUGAAGAAUUUGAUGUAUUUACCAAAGAAAGAGUUGAGAGUGUCAAAAAGAUGGUACCUUUGGAACCGGCUGUAGUUGUUAUAAAUGUGACGAAAAAUAAUUUGGGCACCGUAACUGAGGAUGAAGAGAAACAGGACAACUUAGAUGGCAAUGAUGCUGCCAAGACAGGGAAAGAUACCGAACCUCCUAAAGAAAACGAUCUUGUAAAUAACAAAUUAGCUGAUCCACUGUUAAAUAAACCUUUGGAAGUCACUAACAAACAAUCAGACGAACAAACUAAGGUUGAGCAAUUUAGUUUCGGUGAAAUACCGAGGAAGCCGAAUAAAGAGAAAAAACAAUUACCCGAUAACAAGCCCUUCCUGAGAGACAGAUCUGCUUCCAUUGGUGCUUUGAGUUUGAAAACCCCGAUCGCUCACUUGAUCGGGGAACAGAAUAGGACUAUGCUAUUUCAGGUUGCUAGAUCAGAACUCCGUCUAAUAAGCCCAGAUAGGAAACAAAUACUUUUACACAGAGCAUUCAAAGAUGUCGCUAGUUGUGUGCUAGGUAGAAGUAAUAGAGAGCACUUCGGAUUCGUGUGUAGGGAGACUAACGAGAGCUACGCUUGUUACGUGUUCAAAUGCGAGAGUGACUCCGUCGCCAACGAAGUAGUCAGUGCCAUCAAACAAGCGUUCGUAGCUCACGCUGAGUUGUUAAAAAAAUCACGGGACAAAUCCCCUAACAUGACCUGCGAACACUGUCCGAUGUUGUGGUACCACAGACUGUGUCAUGAUAUUGAAGGUAUGAACGAAAAAAAGACCCACGCGUUCAUACUCCGUCGCAUAGAACAGCUGCCUGAUGAUGAACAGGAAAUCAUCAUCACGAAGUAUCAAGGUGGAACUAACCACAUGUAUGAGGUGAGCGAACACAACGCUUUCUUAAUGAUGUUGUUGAGAGCUCACUGCGAGUCCAAACAGAAAAGACAUGUACACGACACGGCUGAGAACAGGUCGGAGUUCCUCAAUCAAUAUCUCGGAGGUAGCACAAUAUUUAUGAAAGCAAAGCGUUCUCUGUCGAGUGGUUUCGAUCAUCUGCUGAAGAGGAGACAGAGCAAGGAUGAAGGGAAUCUACUGCAACUCCCGCGGAAGGAUAUUUCUCUGAGUCCAGCCCGACCGAGUUCAGAGUCGGAUCAUCCUGAGUCACCGGACAACCAGAGGAAAGCAACCUCACCUGGUUACGAACCAACAACUACGAAAGAUAUUGUUACGCCAGAUGACACAAAUGAUAACAAAGAAGACUCAAAAGCUGUCAAUAGCCCCAUGAUGGACAUCUUCCUAAAAGUGAGCGACAGCCGCACAUCAGCUGUCGGAAAUAACGAAAAAGAUUCAACAUGGCGCCAGGCGAUAUAUGAGAAAGUUUUACAACCGAACAUAGAACAAGAAGAUCUCAGUCAAUCAAACCAACGGUCGUCACGGACGACGAGACGGUCGAGAGAAGAAUUGAGACAGCUGUGGAAGAUGGCCAUCGACCAGACCUUGCUGCUGGUGAGGAUGGAAAAAGAAAACCAGAGACUGAGAGAGGGCGAGGAAUCAUCGGCUGUUCGGCGCAUAAAGCUAGAAUACACUGAGCUUGACGCUUGUGCUCCCGGCGUGUCGCUCAUGUGGGACGAUCUGUUGUCCCGAGACAGAUCUCAUCCGGUCGCCAAAAUUGAUAGACACAUGCUCACGCAGGCUGUGAGACAAGGCGUUCCUCGCAUGUCUAGAGGCGGCGUCUGGUACAUCCUGGCUGAACAAGCCUGCAUCCGGAUCCCUCCGCCGGAUGUCAAACAGUUUCCGUUAUACAACACGCCGUACGCCACACUAUUAUCUGGUCUCACUAAACACCAACACGCCAUUUUGAUUGACCUCGGCAGGACGUUCCCAAAGCAUUCCUACUUCGCAUCAGCCCUGGGUCCAGGUCAGCUGGCCCUGUACAAUAUACUGAAGGCGUACUCCCUGUUGGACCCCGAUGUGGGCUACUGCCAGGGACUGAGCUUUGUGGCUGGGAUACUCUUACUACAUAUGGAAGAAGCGGAGGCGUUUGCUCUUCUUCGUCAUCUGAUGUUCCGACGCGGGAUCAGGAAACAAUACCUGCCCGACAUGAACGCGCUCCAGGUUCAGCUGUACCAGCUGUCGCGGCUGGUCCGAGACCGCGAGCCGGAACUCCACAGUCACCUGGAAGCGCUGGACAUUUCACCAGCUCUGUACGCCGCACCAUGGAUGCUCACGCUCUUCACCAGCCAGUUCCCUCUCGGUUUCGUUGUGAGGGUGUUCGAUCUCAUAUUUUUGGAGUCAUUCGACGUGGUCUUCUCGCUAUCCCUGAGUCUACUGUCGGUGCACAAAGACGGUCUCAUGCUGUGUGAAAGUUGCGAAGAAGCUGCCGAAUAUCUGAAGCACAAGUUACCCGACAUGAACAAAGGAGUGUACGACAAGGUCAUGAAAAUGGUCGCAAAGCUGGACAUAAGCCGUCAGCUGACAGAGUAUGAAGUGGAAUAUAGCGUGCUGAGAGAAGAAAUGCCUCGUCUGGCGCUGCUCACGGAACAGAACAGGCAGCUGGUGAAUAGUACGGCCAGGAUGAAGGAGGAGAUCGAUUCCGCAAUGAACGCUAUAGAAAACUAUCAGAAAACGCAGACGACCCUCGAAAACCAGAACAAGACGAUGGAACAACACCUGACUCUACUGAGCCGCUACAUCUCCGCCCACAAACAGGACCUGCCGCCCGAGAUAAGGAGAAUAGCCAACGUGUACUGCAAAAAGCUGUCGUUCGGCUCAAAAAUCAUCACCAAAUUCACUUCCAACGAUGACGACGGGGACAAAAAGAGUUACAAACAAGGGAUCAGCGCUCCGGACCUGUUCGCGAGAACCAGCAGGGAGGAGGUUCUGGACGCGAUGAAAAAUGACGAGCGAAGGUCUAUCAAGAAAUCGCAAUCAGUACAUCUGCUCGUCCAAAAACAUUAUCCGCUAAAGGUCCUCGAAGAAAAAUCAGAAACACCAAAGAGAGACAGUUUGAGAAUUGAGAACAUAGCCAACGAGACUAUAAGAGAUUUAGGGAAAAGGACCUCCGGGUACAUAAACGACAGUCACGAACAGAUACAGCAAGAGAGGUUGUUCGAGAGGCAGCUGAAGCACGACUUCGACGAGAACUUACGGAAACUAGACGAGAAAUUAACGACUAAAUCAUAUCUGGACGACAUCAGUAUUUUCCAGAGCAAGAAAUCCAUGUCUCUGAACCUGAGGCCCAAAGAGGAGAAGACUGACAGCGGGUUCGUGACGCCCAUGAGCCCAGCAGACAACAGGAACGACAGCAGUUCACUGACCUCUCACCCGUUGAGCGACUGCGAUGUGGACAUCAAAUUUGACGGACAACUCACCAAGCUGAAACAAAUCCGACCGUUCAGGAACAGUAGUCUGUAUAACCAAUGAAAAUCAUUUUAGCUUAUGUUUUACCAAUAAAUACGGUCUUGAUGUACACAGUGUUCUUUAUAUUAUUUUGUUAAUGAAAAUUUUUGGAAAUAUAGUUGACAAUAUAACGAAAGUUACAUCAAUAUCGGUCGAGUGUUAAAUAUUAUAUGAAUUAAUUAUUUCCUCGUGUGAAUAAAAAAAAACUUUAAUUGGUUAUUCAACGUCUUCCAAAAUGGCGUUGACAGUUGGCGCCGUUUCUCAUAAUGGCGUCUGUUGAUCAGCUGUUUGAGAAUAUCAUGAGUAGUGUGCAUAUUUUUAUUAAAUCCGUUUAUUUUAAUGUUUAUUAUAUCCGUUAAUUACAUUUUUUGUUGAUAUUUAAUAAUAUUUUUUUACAUUACAAAAUUACGUAUAGCAAAAAAAUAUUUUUUCUAACAGAAUAUUUUUUUUUCUUUAUAUCAACACACUCAACUUUCGGUUUAAAUCAGAUAAUGUUCAUGUUUGUAGAAAUUAAAAAAUAUAUACAUACAUACAUGAUAAGUAUAUAUUGAUUUUGAAGUGAAAUAUUAAAAAAAUAUUAUUCAUACAAUGAGAUUAUGACAAAAAAAUGAAAUGAUUUUAAUUAAUUUUUGAUUGAGAAUUUUAAUUAUAUAUAUAUAUAGAGUUGAUAUAAAAUUGUCUGAUGGGACGACUUUAUGCAACAUAGCGAAAUAUUUUAUUGAAAUUUUGAAAGAAAAAAAAAAUUAAUUUUAAUUAUUUACUGUUCGUGUGCUUCUGAAUUAAAUCACUUUGCUUUCAAAUAAAAAAAUAUAUAUAAAUAGUGUGAAAGGUGUUGUGUUAGUUUGUAUGUAAUAGAUAUAAGAAUUGAUAUUGCUUAUAUAUUAAGUAAUUGUAAAUAACAUAUUACGUGUUUAAGUUUAUUGGAAAUUAUAAUAUAUUUUUUUUCGUUACUUGUUCUGUGAAAUUAACAAAAAUUUUUUGCUCAAAAUUUUCUUAUGUUCGGUUUAGUAUAUAAUUUAAAUGAUUUUACGAUAUUACUACGAGAGAUCAAUAAAGUGUAUGAGGAGUGA